UUUCAUUUUUAAGAAAUGCCAAGAAGAAAUAAUCAAGCUUUUCAAAAAGCAUCAUAGCUAGAAAAAAAAUGUGCAGUUAUGUGGAAAAUAAGAACCAACACAUUCCUAAAUAUAUGUAUAGUUAUAAGUUUAUUGUUCCUAUUUUAUUAUGCCCUUUUAACUCAAGACGUUAUUAAACAAAGAAGACAGUUACGAAGAAAUGUAAGGAAGGAUUUAGGAAGCAUCAAAUUCUUGCCAUCUGCCUCAAAAAAGUCAAAGGAGUAUAACAUUUGGUUAAUAUUCACAAAAGUUACUAAUGUUUCUACCCUUAGCUACAAGUUCAGAGAUCUGAUACACAACUUGUUAAAUGUUAGUUCUGUGCCUUUAAAAUUUAAUAUUAUUGUUGAUAAAGUAUCUCAAGGUAUUGCUGAAAACCAAAUAGCUGAUGUGAUCUAUGGAAAUAAGACACUGGUGUAUUCCUUUUAUGAUAUAGAAGAGAGCGCCAAAAAAAUUCAAGAUAUUGUUGAAGUGAUGACACCACACUUCAGUUCCAAACCUGGUACUUAUUAUAGUGAUGCAUUAUUUUAUAUAUCGUUAGGAUUGUACAGAAUAGCCCCACAAAGCCAACAUUAUGCCAUUUUACUUGAUUGUGAUCUAUACUUUAAAAAAGACAUAUCAUUACUAUUUAAUGAGUUUGAUAGAUUCAAGCCUGGUGCUCUGUUUGGGUUAGCCCCUGAGUUAACUCCUGUAUAUCGACAUAUUCUUCAUAUGUACAAAGCCAAACAUAAUACAACCUUUGGAGAGUUCUACCAUGACAAUAAUAUAUCAAGUGAGGUCCAUCCAAGAGGUUUUCAAGGUUACAAUUCUGGUGUGGUACUUAUCAACCUUGUUGCUCAAAGAAAAUCCUUGGAGUUUCCCAAAGUUAUUUCAAAUGGAACUGUUCAAGCAAUGACAUCUAAAUAUAGGUUCCGGGGCCAUUUAGGGGAUCAAGAUUUCUACACCCUAGUAGGCUAUGAAUACCCUCAUCUCAUCCAAACAUUAAAUUGUGGCUUCAACAGACAACUGUGUACAUGGUGGAGAGAUCAUGGCUAUAGCAGUAUUUUUUCGAAUUAUUUCAAAUGUGAACAUGACAUUGUGGUUCUGCAUGGUAAUUGCAAUACUAGAAUACCAAAAUAAUUUGAUCUCGAUAUUUUGAAAGGAAAACCACUUUCACAACAUUGACUGGCAAAAAACCGGCCAUAAAAUGUAUAUAAAGCAUUCAUGAAAUCUAAUUGACAAUAUUGUCAACUAUAUAAUCAUUUGACAGUGAUACUUAAAUCAAAAAGACUAAUUUUUAAAUAAACUUUUAUGUUUACAAAAUCGCGAUAGUUUUUCAAUAGACUUCUUGCUAAACUUUGAGUAAUGUUUAUCUGCAUCAGGACUUAAUUUCAUGAUAUAACUGUUGUGGCAGAGAGCUAAUUAAACCUACAAUGCAUAUCAUUAUAUAUCUUCAAAAUUUUCUUGAGGAGUCUCAAUCACUCUCUUCAAUAAAAGGCGCAAAUGAGAUGACAGCUCUUUGACGAAUAUCUCACAUAUAUCUCUGGACUACAACAUUUAUUUCACACAAAUAAUCUGGCCAUAUUAUAACAGAACCAUCUUCGAAGAUAAUUGUUUAAAGAUGGUGCAGUCAGAAUAUUGUUCCUCCUAAACGUUUGGUUCCUAAAAGGAUCUUUAUGACGACUUCUUCAAAGCCUAGACAAUGAGUUUUGUCCUGUGGCAGAUCUUUUCGGGAUUAAACCAGUGUCUGCC